AUGAAGGAGUCUGAAUCAGUUUCAGAUUAUACGUCAAGAUUGCUAGCAGUAGUAAAUGAAAUGAAAAGAUUUGGCGAGACAAUAAGCGAUGAGCAAGUAGUAGAAAAGAUACUUCGCUCAUUGGAUGAAAAAAUUAAUUUCAUCGUUGUAGCUAUUGAAGAAUCAAAGGAUUUGAGUACAAUUUCCAUUGAUCAACUUAUGGGUUCUUUACAAGCCCAUGAAGAGAAGCUUCUUAAGAAGAACAAGCAGAUGAUUGAGCAACUUUUUCAGUCAAAGUUGAAAUUAAAAGACAAGGAAGGCAGUCUAGAAAAAGGAAAUCGAGGUCGAGGACGUGGUGAUUUCAAAGAUCGAGGUCAAGGAAGCUACGGUCAAAGAAAAUUUGAUGAGAGUAAUUCAAACUUAAAUUCAUCAAGAGGUAGAGGAAGACAACAUUAUUCGAGGUCAAGUUGGAAAGGAUCAAAUAAUGACAGGAGAUAUGACAAAAGACAGGUUGAAUGUUAUAAUUGUCAUAAAUUCGGCCAUUAUUCUUGGGAAUGCAGAAAUAGAGUUGAAGAAAAUGCAAAUUAUGCUGAGAAAGAUGAAGAAAGCAGUGAUUCCUCAUUGUUUCUAGCAUGCAAAGGUGCAGAAACAUGUGAAAACAGUGCAUGGUAUCUCGAUAGUGGUGCAAGCAAUCACAUGUGUGGAAGUAAAUCAAUGUUCGUUGAACUUGAUGAAUCUGUUGGUGGCGAUAUCGUAUUUGGUGAUGCCACAAAAAUUCCAGUUAAAGGAAAAGUCGGAAAACUUGGGUUUACUUUGUUAAAGAGAAAUAAGAAGUAUUUGGCAUGUUCAAGAGAUUUAAAGCUCUUGUUGAAAAAGAAAGUGGUUAUUACAUUAAAGCUUUGA